GCCGCAGUCUGCGGCGGGGCGACGUGGUCUACACGGCGGAGCGACACCGCGUCCUCGCCAUAUGCGUGUUUCUUGCCCCGGGAACAGUAAUUUCCAAGUUCUUGCGGGAUGUCUAUUGACGUGCGUUCAAUCAAAAUCAUUAUUCGUUUAUUUAAACUGACAUUUAACCACGUGUGAGAAGCAACAAUUAUAUGUUACACAUUCGUGUUAUUGGAAGAGUAGUGUACUCUUGCAUAAAAUCAGUGACGCGCCUCGUGGCUCUUUCGCCAGUGUGAUGAAAAUACCUGGCGGCUGACGAAGAAGAGAAAUAACUUUCUCUCUCUCUGAUAUUCUCAACACGUUCAUCCACCUCGUGAUUCUCUGACAACGUGGUCGUCGUUCUCACGCGGGUGUCAGUGACUCUCGCCUUAUCUCUUUAAAACCCCUUGAUCACACUAAACUUACGGUGUGAUGAUAAGUUAUUGAAGCAUCAAAGUGGAGUAAAUAUCUCUACCAAGACUAAGGAAUUAUUUAAUUCUGCGUGCAGGGUUGCAUGAAACAACUUUGCAAAACGGGGGCGUGUCUGACAGUUCGAUCGUCCGCGUGACUCACUCGACUUGGCCUUCGUGUUUUGUUUUGAGCUGCUCUCGAGACCGGUGAGAGAACAAGAAAGAGAAAGAUUCUGCUUACCUGAGUAUUUUACCUGGUCACCAGUGCAACAAUCCAAGGGCUUUCUUAUUCUGGAUUUAUAUCGUUUAUGUGUAUAUAUAACUCCCUUUUGCCGGCUGCACACUAAAUAAUCGCCGACUGUGUUCUCCCUUUCUUCAAACCUCCACGCACCUGUGUGUCAUUUGGAAGAAAUUAAGUUAAUUUAAUAAGAAUAAAAAAAAAAGUGAUGGUCUUGAAGAAUUGCAUCGAGAAAGGUGGAAGGAAAUGCAAGAUUCAACAUACUAGUGGCGGUUAUAAAUGUAUGCAAAGUGAAGAAGAGUUGAAUAGAGAUAGGAUAUUUAUUGUCAUUAGCCUGUUAUAUUAAUGACUAAUAUGACGAAAGUUUAUUAUUAUUAUUAUUUUUCUUGAUCAAGUACAAAGCCAACUGAGAAUUCAAAGUGCCAUAAUCACACACCGACAGGGAUUUAUCGUGAACGGUUUGAGAAAAUACACAUAUACCGGAUGCAAUCCCUGCAUAGCCAUAUAUCGCCUAAUGACUUUACUAACCGCGACUUGAGAAUUUUUUUUUCAUUUAACCAAGAGACUAAUAAAUAAUAACUAAAUAUGCAUUAACUAGAAUCAACGAAGAAGAAGAGAGAGAGAGGGAUAAAUAUUAUUAUUUUAAUAAUUAUCAUAAUAAAAUAUAUAGCAGGAAGUUUAGUUAACUGACAAAAAAAAAUACAUCAUGAUUACAGAUUGAAUUUAUUUACUUUAGAAAGUAACUCAACGAAAUAACGAACGAACUUUAUUUUCGAACGACAAGAGGAAAUCACUUCCGGAUAACAUUCGGAAAUUUUUCAGAGUGUCAGCUAAUAUAUAUAUAUAUAUAUAUGCUAAAAACCUAAACGUGUUUUCAACGAGUUUUCACUACGAUAAAACAAGUGCGUGUAUGUAGAGGAAAAAAAAAAGAAGUGCCACGUGCUCUCUCACUGAAAUGAGAGUCAUGUGUCGUGAGUGUUAGUUGAUUGGAUAUUUAACAAAAAAAAAAAACUUGAAAUAGUGUGUUAUAAGUAGUUGAGCCAAAGGAAAAAAUGUCGACACAGGCUUAUUACAAAGAAAGACUUGGCUUCGAUCCUGCUGAUACUGUUGCUGAACAUCAUCGUGAACAAAAAACUCAGCAUGGAUAUGAAGAAUCACUCUCCAAAUUUAAAGAUGAACGUGAUGCCAUCCAGAAGAAAACUUUCACUAAAUGGGUGAAUAAACAUUUGAAAAAGCAUUGGAAAUACGUCAAGACUUACACAUGUCUACAUGUGUGUGUAGUCGUCAACAACCAGCCAUGCUGUUCUCCUACUGCAAGCAGACAUGUCGGAGAUUUAUUCGAAGAUCUUCGAGAUGGACACAACCUCAUAUCUCUCCUGGAAGUGCUCUCUGGCGAACACCUUCCACGAGAAAGAGGUCGAAUGCGUUUUCACAUGCUGCAGAAUGUUCAAAUGGCCCUGGACUUUCUACGAUACAAAAAAAUCAAACUUGUUAACAUAAGAGCUGAAGAUAUUGUUGAUGGAAAUCCUAAACUAACGUUAGGUUUAAUAUGGACUAUCAUACUCCACUUCCAGAUAUCUGACAUUGUUGUUGGCCAAGAAUCCAAUGUGACUGCCCGAGAGGCUCUUUUACGAUGGGCACGACGAUCAACAGCUCGUUAUCCUGGUGUCCGCGUGACAGACUUCACCGGGUCAUGGAGAGAUGGUUUGGCAUUCAGCGCACUUCUUCAUCGAAACCGUCCUGACCUCAUCGAUUGGAGAAGUGCUCGAUCCUGUCAAGCACGCGAGCGUCUCCAUCAAGUAUUUUAUGUCGCCGAGCGCGAGUACGGCGUUACCAGACUUCUUGAUCCUGAAGAUGUUGAUACCCCCGAACCGGACGAGAAGUCAUUGAUAACGUACAUCUCCUCGCUCUACGAUGUAUUCCCAGAGCCUCCACCAAUUCACCCUCUCUAUGAUGCCGAAGCACAACGAAGAUCAGCUGAAUACCGUGAGCUCGCUAGUUCUCUUCAUCUUUGGAUGCGAGAGAAGAUUGUAAUCAUGCAAGAACGUGCAUUCCCGCCUACUCUCAUAGAGAUGAAGAAACUUGCAGCGGAUAAUGCGAAAUUUAAAAACGAAGAAGUACCGUCCCGAUAUCGAGACAAACAACGACUUACUCACAUCUUCCGAGAGCUUGAGAAAUAUUUUGAAGCUGUGGGUGAGAUCGAUAUGGAGCCUGAAUUACAUAUUGACGUGAUCGAUAAAAAUUGGAAUCGAUUGAUGAUGCUUCAUCAAGAAAGAGAACAAGCUGUUAUUGAUGAAAUCAAACGUUUGGAACGGCUACAACGGCUUGCUGAGAAAGUUCAUCGCGAAAUGAAAUCAACAGACAAUCGUUUAGAAGAGUUAGAAAGACGUGUAGAGGAUGAGGCGCGUCGUCUUGAUCGUCUUCAUCCUUUAGAAGCGAAACACGCAGUCGACUUAUUGGAACAGGAUAUUCGUAAUACCGAGAUUCAAAUUCAAAAUAUAUUCACUGACAUUCACACUCUUACUGAGGGUAAAUACAGUCAAGCUGGUGAACUUCAUAAAAGAGUGCAAAAAUUACAUCAACGUUGGGUAGCAUUGCGUUCUCUAUUGCACAAGCGUCUGGUACAGCCACUUUCAGCCGUCUCAUUUCCCGUAGAGGAACGGGUUGUCACGAAACAUCGCACUACCGUCCACGAGACUCGAUUAGUCGAUACUAAUCCACAUUUCCGUAAUUUGCACGAUUGCAUUGAUUGGUGCAAAAGUAAAUUAAAACAGCUCCAGGAAGCUGAUUAUGGAUCAGAUUUACCGAGCGUUAAAAAUGAAUUGGAUAUUCAUCAAAGAGAACAUAAAAAUAUCGAUCAAUUUCACAAUAAAGUUGACAAAUGUAUUCAUGCCAAAAACAACUUCCAUGGAGAAGAGCUUACUCUUUAUAGUCAGCACUUGAGCACUUUGCAAAAAAUAUAUUCCGAAUUAUUGAGUACCUCCAAUAAACGGUUAUCCGAUUUGGACACCUUACAUGACUUCAUACAAUCAGCAACAGGAGAAUUGGUUUGGCUCAAUUCUAAAGAAGACAUUGAAGUUACACGCGAUUGGAGCGAUAAACAUUUAAAUAUUCAAUACAUUGAACAUUACUAUGAGAGUCUCAUGAACGACUUGGAGAAACGUGAGAUCCAAUUCUCAGCAGUACAAGAUCGCGGAGAAGCCUUGGUUUUGCAACACCACCCAGCAGCAAAGACAAUUGAAGCUUACAUGUCAGCGAUGCAAAGUCAAUGGGCUUGGUUGUUACAACUUACACUUUGCCUUGAAGUCCACUUAAAGAAUGCAACAGCUAGUGAACAAUUUUUCAGAGAGAUUCAACAAUCUGAACAGUGGAUCUUAAAGAGAGACGAGGUUCUGAAUACGAUUUACUCGCAAUCAGACUUCUCUCUAGACGAAGGUGAGCGCUUGCUCAAAGGAAUGCAAGAGCUACGAGAAGAGCUAAAUAAUUAUGGUGAUCAUAUACAGAGAUUAGUCGAUCAGGCAAGUAGUAUUGUGCCUAUGAAGCAACGAAGACAACCAGUAACAAGACCUUUACAAGUUACUUGUAUUUGCACAUACAAGCAAGUGAACAUGUCCAUCGAGAAAAACGAACAGUGUACCCUGUAUGACAACUCAGGCCGUGUCAAAUGGCGCGUGAAAAAUUCUCAAGGUGUUGAAUCUCCAGUUCCUGGAGUUUGUUUCACGCUCCAACCUCCAGACAAAGAUGCGUUGGAUGCUGCUGAAAGGCUACGACGUCAAUAUGAUCGAAGUGUUGCACUCUGGCAACGAAAACAACUUCGCUUGAGGCAAAACAUGAUCUUUGCAACGAUUAAAGUGGUUAAAGGCUGGGAUUUACCCCAAUUCCUGGCAAUGGGUCAAGAUCAACGUACGGCAAUAAGGAAGGCUUUGAAUGAAGACGCUGAAAAGCUUUUGUCUGAAGGAGAUCCAGCGGAUCCUCAAUUAAGAAGACUUAAGAGGGAGAUUGCUGAUGUCAACAGGUUGUUUGAUGACUUUGAAAAGCGUGCACGUGCUGAAGAGGAAUCUAAGAAUGCAGGAAGGAUCUUUAACGAUCAAGUAUCAUCUCUCCAACAGGCUUUAGAUGAAGCAGAGAGAAUUUUAAAUAUUCGUAUUGCGUCUCCAUUACCACGAGAUCUUGAUAGCUUAGAACACAUGGUUCUUGAGCAUAAGGACUUUGAACAAAAAUUACAACGUUUAGCUCCUGAUUAUGAACAAGUUCAGCAAACGUUCCGAGGAAUUACUUUGAAGACUCCGGCAAUGAGGAAUAAAUUAGAUAACAUAAUGACUAAGUGGAAUCACUUAUGGAAUCUCAGCAGUUUAUAUAUCGAACGACUUAAGUGUAUUGAAAUUGUACUUUCAGGCCUUGAAGAAAACACAGCAACUAUUACAGAACUAGAAAUUAAAUUAGCAUCAUACAGUGAACUUCCGUCCGAUGUGAAAGGUCUUCAGAUUGUACUUGAAGAUCUUAUGCUUUUACAAAAUGCUAUUUCUCAACAACAAACAUCUAUUGAUCAGCUUAAUGAUGAUGCUCAUAAUGCUAGAAGACUUGUUGAAAAAUCCAGACCAAAUCAUCGUGGUCCUCACAGUGAUAUGGAUCGUCUAGAUGCUGAAGUUAACAGAUUAAAUGCCAGAUGGACUAAUAUUUGUGGACAACUUGUUGAUAGAUUACGCAGUGCUGAAACUGCUUACAGUUUAGCUCAACAAUAUCACACUUCAUAUCAAUCUGAAGUGGAUUUCGUGGAUGAAAGUUACAGUAAACUUGAAUCUUCAGCACCAAUUCUUACUGAAGCUCAAGAGCUAGUAACAGCGAAGAACUUGUUAAAUCGAGUCUGCGAUCGUGCGCCAGCAAUAGAAGCCGUUAAUGUCACGGGAGGAAGAUUGAUUCGUGAGGGCAAGAUCUAUGGACAACGGCUGAGAGCCUUCAAGGAGCAGCUCGACGAAUUAUGUCCAUCACUUGAUGCUUCUGUCAAACGACCACGCCGGGAAUCUGUCACAACAGUAGAUGCCAUCGCUCAUGACCUCGACAAUCUUAACAGGAGAUACACAACUCUAGUCAGCCUUUGUCGAGAACGUGUGCAGAAACUUGCUCAACAGUAUCCUGAUGACAUCGGCCUUCAGCGUGCUCUGCAAGAGCAACGACCACUGCGUACAUUUCGUACAGAGUUUAACAUCUAUGAAAGUACAACAAGUGAGGAACGGUAUUCAUCCACUACGACACACUACACUCAAUCGCAGUUCUCGUCUGAACGAUAUGAAUCUAGUGAGAUUCAGCAGAAGUCAUUACGGGAAGAAUCCCCAAUUAAACCGUACAAUAAUCACAACUUUGUUGCAACAAAUGGCAACAUCACGGAUAGAACUGAAAAUGAUGGCUCCUGGGCACAUAGUACGAGUAGUACGCAGAGCAGUGUGCAAUAUAGUGAAACAAGGAGCCUCAAAAGAAGACAAAGAUCUGAAAAUACACUUGAUACAGAUAAUGUAAUAGAAGCACGCGGUAUAAUUCAUCCAAAAACUGGCCAAGUCUUGAGCGUAGGCGAGGCAAUAAGUCUUAGAAUACUAGAUGUUAGGAAUGGUAGAAUUGUGACUUCAAUCGAAGACAAGACGAGUGUUUCAAUUGAAGAAGCUGUGGCUCUUAAUUUAAUUGACGUGGAAUUGGCUCGUCGAUUAUUAGGACCAUGUGGAGUUACAGAAAAUGGUCGUCGGUUAUCUCUGUUGGAGGCGAUCCAACGUCAACUAUUUGAUGCUGAGAAAAAUGAUGAUAGAGUCAAGGUAACGUGUGUGUCCUCAGCCGGGGUUAGUGUUGCCGAUGCGAUGCGAAAAGGUUUGUUAGAUCCAGAGACAGGUCAAUUCGUAACAGACAAUGGGGAAUUGAUGACAAUUGAAGAAGCUUUCAAACGUGGUUUCAUAGCCAAGGUUAAUACAACUGUAAAAAUCAAACGAGGUGCUCUAGCCUUAGCUGAUGCCAUAUCUCAAGGGUUGGUCGAUGAUAGACUGGGUCAAAUUAUUGAUAGAAAUACUGGAGAAAAUUAUUUACUUACUGAAGCUAUUGCUAAAGGCAUCAUUGAUCCAGAUGUUCGUGAAGUUGUUGAUGCGAGAAAUGAUAUUAAAAUUACAAUGUCUGAAGCUAUGAAUCAGGGGAUAAUAAAUGCGAAAAAUGGAAAAUACGUGCAUGGAAUUACCAUGGAAAAAUUGUCAUUUAAAGAAGCUAGAAGACGUCAAUUAAUUGUUAAACCAAUGACACUUAAAGAUUGUUGUGAUUUAGAAAUAAUUGAUGAUAAAGGUAAAAUAUUCAGUCCAAUUCAUAAAACUAAACUUGGAAUUUUAGAAGCGAUAUCGGUGGGGGUUUUAGAUUCUGAUAAUAUUAAAUCGGUAUCUGAUACACGAUCUGGUGAUUUGCUUACACUCUCUGAUGCACUAGCAAGCGGGAUUAUUCAAGUUGAUGGUGGAAAAUAUGUAGAUUUAAAAACUCGUGAAGAAUUUAGUAUCCCUGAAGCUGUUGAUAGAGGAUUGAUAACAUCAGUAGCACAAAAAUCAAUAUUUGAUAUCGAUGGAUUUAAAGAUCCUGUUUCUGAAGAGUUUAUUAGUCUAAAUGCUGCUUUAUUGAAGGGAUUGAUAAGUCCGAAAGCCGGUGGAUCAUUUGUAGUAGAUUUGAAAACUGGACGAUCAGUUUCCUUCAAUGAAGCAGUAAAAUUAGGUCAUGCGAGACCGGAAGUCAUGGAAAUGUUGAAUCGAGGAAUAGGUGUGACUGAGAAUGGUCGAGAGAUUAGUGUCUUAGAAGCGGUAUUGCUUGAAUUAUUAGAUCCAAGAUCAGGUCAUUUGUUAGAUCCACGAUCAAAGAAACCAGUACCUUUGGAGGAUGCUAUCAAGCGUGGCUUGAUAACUCCAGAUGGUGCAGCAUUACUUGCAAGUCUUUUAAAUAUUACAGUAACGACACAGACUGUGACGAAAACAAUUAAACGUUAUGUAACAGUUACAGAGACUGGAGAAACAAUUACAAGAGAUUAUAAAAUAUCUUAUAGGGAUGCUCUUAAACGAGGUUUAUUAAAUGAAAAGACUGGAGAAUUUACGGAUCCUGAUAAUAAUAGACGAUUUAAUAUUAAAGAGGCUAUUGAAAGAGGUUUACUCAGCACUCCUGAAGCUAGGGAAUCAGAAAAACCUGUUCCUUCUCCUAAAAAGACUAGAGAUUCUCCUUCAAAGCAAAUGGUUUUUGAAAGUACUCUUUAUGCUAAUGUAAAUGAACCUCCAACUUUACGAGUGUCUUCUGUUGCUCCUUCCCCUCCACCAAAAGCUGUGGGAACAACUACCACAAUUAUAACUCGCGGUAACGUUUCUUUUAACAAUGAAGAAGUUAAUUCUUCUCCAAAGAUUUCAACUCUUAUUACUUCCAUCGAAGAUCAUUCUGAAACUUCUCCGUUAAAAAAGAAAGAAAAAUCCGCUCGUAAGUCAGAUUCUCUUGACUCGAAUUCUUCACCGACAAAAAUAAGUAAACAGGGAAAUGAGUUUGUUAGUACAGUCUUUGUUAAACCAUCUGAUGAAGAUUUAGAUAAACCAAUUUCUAAAGCUCAAAAAACAGUGAUGAAUAUUAAAAAAGAGGUUGAGAGUUUUAUUGAAAAAGAAUCAAGUUUGACGGAGAAAAGAGUAUUUGAAUUGCCAUCUGAAGGUUGGAUGCUUUCUGAAGCUAUUAAACAGAGGUUGUUUGAUCCAGUUUCUGGACUUUUUAUCAUUCCUGGAACUGACAGGCUUGUUUCUUUUGAGGAAUGUGUCAAGUUAGAGAUCAUCAAUCCUCACUCUGGGCUUGUCAUUGAUCCAAAUAAUGGACGAAAGAUUUCAUUACUUCGUAGUAUAGACAAAAAUAUCCUAGAUGCGACAGGGCAUUAUAUUCAUUCUCAUAAAAUUUCUAUGAAGGAAGCUAUAGAGAAAGGCUUGAUAAUAUUAGAAGAAAGAAGUAUGGAUGUUGAACAACCAAAUCCUAGAAUGAUACAAAUUACGAAAAUGUCAGGCAAACCUGACAAAGUUGAAGUAACAUAUGGUGAUGAGAAUUCCAAGGAUGUUGAAGUGUCAGGCCUUGAGGAUCCAUUUUCUUCAGAUCCUGUUCAAGUAUCUCAAGGAGUAAUUUAUGAUCCUGAGACAGCUCUUGUAAUUUUUACUGAAACUGGGAAAUCUGCCAAUAUUUUGGCUGCUGUAAAUGAAGGUAAUUUAGAAUCUGAGUCAGUAGUAGUGAAAGAUCCAAAGACUGGCAAUGAAAUAACUUUAGAAAAAGCUGUAGAAAAAAAUAUAUUAGACCCUCAGACUGGUGUUUACGUUGAUAAAACUGGAAGAAAAAUUUCUCUCAGUGAUGCAGCUAAAUUUGGACUCGUGGCAGUGAUUGGAACACCUUUAGUAGCAGCAGCUGCUGCAGUUGAAGCUGUGAAAAAAGCGAUGAUAAAAGAUCCAAAGACUGGUGAAAAAAUUCCAAGAGAAGUAGCUAUAGAGAGAGGUCUAGUUACUCCUGAUAAGACUAUGAAUCAAUCAGAAAUGAUGUCGAUAUUUGUAAAAGAUCCAAAAACAGGAGUAGAAAUUCCUGGAGAAGAAGCAUUGCAGAAAGGAAUCAUUACAGCAGAUGAAAUGAAUAAAUUAAUUAGUAAAACAGAUUCAAAUGCUUCGGAAAAAAUAGUAAAAGCUUCAAGAGAAACUUUAGAAAAAAUGGAAUCUGAAGAAAGUGAGGGACCAAGUUUAGCAGAGCAAACACGAAGUAGAGUAACAACCGAACCGAAGUAUAAGGUAACAAUUGGCCGAGCGAAAACUUUAAGUCAGAGUCCAGAAAAAGAAGCAAAGCCAAUUAUACUCCAAAAGAUGAGAAAGAAGAUAAUAACUCCAAAAGAGGCUCUAGAGAGUGGAUUAAUUGAUCAAGAGACCAUGAAAAUAUUAGAGCCAGCUGUGAAUGAAAGUGAAUUAAAUCAAGAGUCAUUAGAAGAAGCUAUUAAAAGUAACAAAAUUCAUCCAAGUGAAGGAAAAAUUGUUGAUCCUGAACGCGGAGAUGUUCUUUCAAUUAAAGAAGCUCUUGAUCGUGGAGUAUUAGAUUCAACGAGUGGAAAUAUUUUAAUUCCACUUGCUCACAGUCUUUCAGUUCCUGAAUUGUAUGAUCAAGGCCUAUUAGAUCGUGAAGGUACAAUAGUUCAUCCAGAAACUGGACAAAAUUUGUCAUUGAAUGAAGCAAUUAUUUGUGAUAUAGUGGAUCCUUUGUCAGAAGUAAUUGUCGAAGAUGGUAAAAAAUUAUCAAUCCAGUCCUCCAUAGAUAGUGAUGAUAUUGAUGGUGAUAAAUCACUUGUACGUUGUCAAGAAGGUAAUUUAAAUUUAAUAGAAGCUACUGAAGCAAAUAAAUUUAUUUUAAAAGACCCCGCGAGUUCUGUAUCUCUUCCACCAAUAGGAAUGACUUUCCCUGUUGCUUUAAAGAGAGGACUCGUUGAUGUAAAUACAAAACAAAUAACGCAUCCAAUUACUGGUCAACAAUUGCCAUUAGAAGAUGCGAUAGAGAAAGAUUUUAUUAUGACCUUACCAUAUCCAGCUGCACCUGAAUGUAUAGAAGUAACAAAAGCCCUUGAGGCCGGUCUUAUUGACAAAGAUAAGGCUAUUUUUACUCAUCCUGUAACUAAUAAAAUUAUUCCAAUAGAAGAAGCCUUUGAAUCCGGGCUUUUAGUCGUUAAAGAUAAACCCGAAGAGGAGAAUAAAGUUACUGCUGUGACAGAGACUAUUACUUCCUAUCAUACAAUCACGACAAAAACAGUACAACUACUUCCGGGCUAUGCUCUUUUAAAUACCUCUGAAGUCCAAAAUAUGAAGACUGGUGAGAUUAUUUCUAUGGACGAAGCUCACCAACUAGGAAUUGUUAAAGAUGAAUCAGAAAAGAAAGAAGAAUUUACUACUAGAGAUAUUAAAAUGGCAUUUAGUGAUGCUGUUGAGCAAGGAUUAAUUGAUAUGAAUGAAGGAACAUAUACAGAUCCUGAUAGUGGAAGUGUAAUGCCUAUUUCACAGGCUAUUGAAGAUGGAAUUAUUGAUACAGCACAAUCUGUACCAUCAGAAUCGCCAAAGAAAACAACCUCUGGUUCGUCAAUGACAGUUUUAGAAGCUGUAGAUCAGAUUUAUGACGAAUCAACUCAACAAUUCCGUGAUCCAGAAACAAAUAAAGCUUAUAGUCUUACUGAGGCUAUGGAAGUUGGAUUAAUUGAACCUGAUUCUGUGGUUUACGAUGUCAAAACAUCUGAGAAAAUAACGACAAAAGAAGCUGUAGAACGUGGAGUUUUAGAUCCCAAGACUGGGAAAAUUAAAGAUGCUAACGGAAGUACUAUGUCUGUGUCUCAAGCCGCUAAAUUAGGUCUUCUUGCUGUCGUUGCUGCUCCAGUUCUAGCUGGAAAAGUAGUAGUAGAUGCAAUUAAAAAUCGUAAGACUGCUGAUAGAAGACCGACAAUGUCUCCUGUUAAAGAAACAAGUCCAGUUCAUCAAGUUAAAGAAACUGUAACAGGAAGUAAAGUAAAACCAGUUGAAGAAAAACCUAAAGAUAUUUCAAAGUUGAAAGAAAAAUCUGUUCAUGAUUCUGAAAGUGAAAAGGUUGAAAAGUCUGAAGUUCAAAGCUCUCAACCUCUUCAAAUUACUUUAGGAGAAGCAAUUGAAAAUGAUUUAAUUGAGCCUGGGGUUUGCAAAAUUAUGAUUGGACAAAAAGAACUUCCAUUGACAGUAGAUGAAGCCUUGGAGAAGCAUGAAAUAGAAUUAAAUGAGACUAUUGUUGUUCUUAGUAAAACUCAAAUUUGUAUUUUAGAAGAAAGACCACGAUUUAAAAUAGAAAUCUUUAGAAAUCUAACUCCUCAAUACUUAUCAGAACAAGGAGUUUACGAUUUAAUUUCAGAAAAAUUCGUCAAUCCUUAUACUGGUAUGACAAUUGGUUUCCACGAUUUUGUUUUAGGUUUAGAAAUUUUUGAUCCUGACAAUGUCUGGGUAAAAGACCUAUCAAGUAAGACUGAUGAAUACGUAUCACUUCGUGAAGCUAUUAAUAGACCUCUCGUAGAUAGAAAUAUUGGUUAUAUGGUAGAUCCAAAGAGUGGUAAGAAGAUUCCAUUCUUUGAAGCAGUUCAGACUGGUCUGAUUAUUCAGAGAUCUCCAAUAAUCGAUCAAGAGUCCACUUUGACUCUUCAAGAAGCCAUUCAAUCAGGUAUUUGUGAUUCUAUUAGUGGAGAUCUUCAGGAUCCACGAUCUGGUGAACAAUUAUCAUUAGCUGAUGCUGUUGAAACAGGUUUAAUUGAUGUUGACUCAGUUUCCAUUCGUAAUCCAGCAAACGAUGAAAUCAUUCCUCUUGCUGAAGCAGUAGAUUCAGGUAUUGUUGAUUUGAAUCGUGGUGUAAUAAUAAAUACUGAAACGAAAUCUGAAGUAGAAAUAAAAGUAGGAUUCACACAAGGUCUAGUUCUUCCAGGUCUUCGUAAGCCAAUUUCUCUAGAAGCUGUGAUUAGCAAAGGAUUGUAUGAUCCAGAAUCAGGAAGUAUCCAAGAUCCAAUGACAAAUCAAAAUAUAGAUGUCGAAGAAGCAGUUAAGCGAGGAAUAAUUGAUUCAUUUAUUACUGAAUGUCAAGAUACGAAAGCAGGAUCUUUUCUAUCUUUAGAUGAUGCUUUAACAGUAAAGCUCCUCAAUCCUAAGACUGGUAGGCUUCGAGAUACAAAGGCAGGUGAAUUAUUGCCACUCGACGAGGCUUUAAAUAAAAAAUUAAUUAUUACAACACCAUUCGUGCCUUCAUUAAUUGAUGUGAUAGUUCAGGAAUAUUAUUCUCCAAAGACUGGACUGGUUUUAAAUCCAAUGACAGGCAUAGAAUCAACAGUAAAACACGCACUGACUUCUGGAUUUGUUGACGGACGGAUGAUUAAAAUAAAAGAUGACAGAAAAGAAGUAGUAGUAUCUUUAAAAGAUGCUGAAAAGAGUGGAUUAAUUGAUUUACAAAAAGGAAUUUUAGUAUAUCCUCAUCCAAUGAAGUUAGAUGUUGCUUUAGAGAAAGGAUAUAUUUUGAACACUACAAAACCCUGGACUUUGCAGGAAGCUUUAGCUCAUCAAAGCUAUAAUCCUGUAACAGGAAGAUUUAUGAUAGAUGGUGAUAGAUUGACGUUAGAAGAAGCUAUUUCGAAAGGUUUGAUAAGUCAUGACAGUCCAUCUGUGAAGGAUCCAAGAUCUGGAGACGUAAUAACGUUGAGUGAUGCUAUUAAACUUGGUUUAAUAGAUCCUAAAUCUGGAACAGCUUUGGAUCCAUCCACUGGUACUGCCUUAUCUCUUGUAGAUGCUUUAGAUCGUGGUUUAGUAGUUCCAGCAAAACGAAAAAUAUCUCUUCCUGAGGCAGUUUUUAAAGGAUUUUAUGAUCCUAAAACUGGACAAUUUAUUAGUUUAGAAACAAGAGAGAGACUACCAACUGAUCGUGCAAUUAAAGAAGGUAUUAUUGAUCCUACUUCUGCUAUUGUAAAAGAUCCGUAUGGUGAACUGAUUACAUUCAAUAAAGCUAUUAAAGAAAAAAUUAUUGAUCCAAAAACUGGUACAGUUAUUGUUGAGCAGGGUCGUCCAAUUGAUUUCCAUGAAGCUUUCGAACAAGGUGUUUUAUUAGAAACUAGAAGACCAAUGAGUUUCAGUGAAACAGUGUUAAAAGGCAUUUUAGAUAAGAAAACCAACCUAUUUUUAGAUCCUAAAUCUGGUGCAUAUUUAACUAUAACUCAAGCAAUUGAGAAAAAUUUAAUUGAUGCUGAUUCAGUUACAGUUAAAGAUGUAACGGUUCGAUUUGCAAAGAACAUUGCACUCAAAGAGGCAAUAAAUAUGGGAAUAAUCGAUGGUACAAGUGGAAAAGUCAAAGAUUCUAAAAAUAAUAUCGAAGUUUCGUUGAUCCAAGCUUAUGAAACAGGUCUAAUUGUAGAUAAUAAAGCAGCAAUUUCAGUUCAACGUGCGAUUCAUCAAGGGUUGUAUGAUGAAAAGACAGGAAAGGUUAUUGAUCCAUCAACAGGAAGAACAAUCACUCUUCAUGAAGCGAUGAGGAUAUGUAUAAUUAGUCCAAAAUUGGUGUGUUAUUGGGAUAAAAGAAAUGAAACUCUAUUAUCUCUUGCAGAAACUUGUCGAGCAGGAGUUAUAGAUAGACGAUCGGGUAUGUUUAAAGAACCAGGUGCUAAUUGUCCUAUUCCUUUAUCUAUGGCUCUCCAAUUAGGUUUAAUCGUUGACAUCGAAAGUGCAGGAUUUAGCUUGUACGAAGCGGUACACAUGAAAAUGUAUGAUAUACCAUCCGGACAAUUUAUUCAUCCAUCAACAAAUAAAAAAUUGACGUUAUCUGAAGCUUGUCAAAUUGAUAUGAUCAAUCCUCUAGUAUCAAUCGUUAAAAAUUCAAAAACAAAUCAUUACAUUCCGCUUUCCCAAGCGAUUACUGAGAAAAUUAUCGAUGAUGUGCGCGGAACUUAUACUAUAAUUGAGCUUGAUAAAACGAUCAAUUUGCAAGAGGCAAAGAAAAAAGGUUAUAUUGUACCUUCUAGCAAACCUAUGUCGAUAGAAGAUGCUGUAAAGUGUACGUUAUACCGACCAGAAAUAGGUAAAUUCAUCGAUCCAACUUCGAAUGAAGCUUAUGAUUUAGUUCAGGCAUUUAAUUCGCAACUUCUCGAUCCAGAAACAACUGCGUUAAAAGACGUAACAACUGGUCAGAUAAAAUCACUAUUACAGGGAAUUUCUGAUGGUACUAUUGAUGUAGAAAAAGGCCAAGUACUUGAUCCAAAAACUAAACGCGCUUAUAAUAUAGAUAUUGCUCUAGAACGUGGACUGUUAGUAAAUUGUGAUAAAUCUUUAACCCAACAAUUAGAGAAAAAGACUUCCUCCGGGUUACAAAAAUCACCAGUAAAAGAACAAGGUAUCAGAGAGUGUAGUUUAGAAGAAGCUGUUCGAUAUGAGCUUCUAGAUGCUUCCAAGUGUGUAAUUAAAAAUCCUAAAAAUGGUAAAUUUAUUCCUUUAAGUGAAUCAUUGGAAAACAAUGUCAUUGAUUCGUCUAAAAGAGGUAUAGUUGAGCCACAGAAUAAAAAAAUGCUUCCAAGAAUUGUUAAAUUUGAAGAUAUAAAUGUAUUUCUCUUAGAACCAAUUUCAUUUGAAAAAGCAGUUGAUAAAGAGCUAUUAAAUCUUGAUACUGCUAAAUUAACUGACCCAGUAAGUAAUGAAGAAAUGUCUCUAAAAGAAGCUGUUAGUUAUGGAAUUAUUGACCCAGAUUCAGUCUUGAUAAAAGAUUUGCAAAAGAAAAAAUUAGUGACAUUGCCAGAAGCAUUCAGAAAAGGAAUUAUGGAUGGAGAAAAGGGCAGUGUAUUAGAUACAGAGACAUCCAAAUUAUACACGUUAUCUAAAGCAUAUGAGUCUGGAUUAUUAACAACACAAAAACGUGGAUUAUCAUUCAUCGAAACGUUGCAAUUUAAUAUUUACAAUCCUACUACUGGCGGGUUUAAUGAUCCAUUUGUAAUAACAUCCGUGUUAGACCGUGAACGUUUGACGUUAAGUAAUGCGUUAGAAUCAGGCUUGAUAGAUCCCUCCACGACUGUGAUAAAAGACCCCAAAUCUGGUGAGAUAUCAAGUCUACUAGAGGCCAUAAACGAAGGAAAGAUUGAUCCUGUAGCAGGCAAGUUUCUCAAUGAUCCAGAAGGGAAAGAUCUUGACUUCGUGAAGGCCUUGGAGAAGGGAUACAUUCUCGCCGCAGAAGCGAGGCAAGCGGUUCAAGAGAAGUAUAAGCUGUGUGAUGAGACAUUGACUAAACUCCUGCAAUGGGUGUCUGAUGUUGAAGACAAACUUGCCAAUCAGGAUGUUGUCAAAGAAGAUCUUGAAGAACUUAGGAAUCAAAUAAACAUUAUGAGGCAAGUGAAAGAAGAUAUUGAAUCACACAGUCGACAGGUACACUCCUGCCUGGAUCAGGUCCGUCAGGUAGUAAUUACAGGAAGUGACGUUUUAUCAAGUGACGAAGUAUCAACCCUCGAGAAAAACGGCAGAUCAUUAAAGACUCGUUACGACCGAACAGCCGAUCGCACUGAGAGACUCUUGAAACGAUUGAAUGGUGCUCGAGAUGAACUUUCCAAAUUCAAGAAUGAAAUCUUUUCAUUCUCCGCCUGGUUAGACAAAGCCCGACGUAUUCUAGAAGACAAAGAGCGAUCUCUAUCUGAUUUAAAUAAACUGACAGCAAGCACAGAUCCUACUAGAGAUUUCAUCAGUGAUGUUAUUGCCCACCAAGCUGACUUACGAUUUAUUACAAUGGCAGCACAGAAGUUUGUGGAUGAGAGCCGAGAAUAUCUUCAAGUUCUCAAUGACUUUAGAACCAGUCUACCGCAACGGCUACCACAUAAAGAACCUACAGCAAGUCAAGAUUCACCUGUGCGAAAUGAAGUUACAAUUGUAACAGCCCAAUACAAGGACUUGCUUGCUCGAGCGAAUAAUUUGUCAGACAGAUUGUCUGGAGUUGGAGGCAGACAGCGUGACUAUCAGGAUUCUUUGGAAAAGGCAAAGUUGUGGUUGAAGGAAGUAGAACCUAAAGUCCAUCGAGUUAUUUCUGAACCCACCGCAGCGGAACCUAAACAGGUUGAAGAUCAAUUAAGCAAAGCUAAAGCAUUGAACAAUGAAUUCCUAGCCAAUGCACGACUUAUAGACAACGCUAAAUCAAGUCUUGAUGCUUUAUUAAGAUCCUUGGAGGGACAACUUACUCCAAGUGAAGCAAAUCAACUAGAAGAACCCGUCCGAGCAGUAGAAGAUAAGUAUCGCCAGCUAUCCAAUGCCCUAGCUGAGAAGUGCCAAGAACUUGAUACUGCUUUAGUACAAAGUCAAGGAGUCCAAGAUGCUCUAGAUAGUCUUGUUUCUUGGCUUAAUAAUGUUGAAAGUCAAUUCAAAAAUAUCCAACGUCCAGCCAGUCUUCAUAAAGAACGCUUGGAAGAACAACAACGGGAACAAAGGAUGUUACAAUCCGAUCUUGACAGUCAUCGUGCUAGUGUUGAAGCCAUAACUAACAGCGCUCAAGAUCUUUUGAUUAAUUCCAGCAAUGCAAGAGUUGCAAAACGCAUUGAAAGUAAACUUAAAGAUGUCCAAAAUCGAUAUGAAAAACUGAUGGAUAAAUCAUUGCGUCGAGGAGAAUUCCUUGACGAAGUAGCACAAGCCCUUCAUGAAUUCAUUACAGAAACUACUAAAUUCGACAGCUGGUACUCGAAUAUGAUUGAAACCCUUGAAUCAAGAGAGUUGAAUAAAUUAGAUGUAUCUGAGUAUGAAAGUAAGAUGAUUCAAUUGGCAGAUAAGCGUGAAAAUCAACGACAAACUGUUGAAAGUUUGAUUCAUAAUGGAAAGAACUUAGUUGCCAAAAAAGAUAUCACUGAUUCAGCUCCAAUUAGAGAUAAAAUCAAAGCUGUUGAAUCGCAAUGGAAAGAGCUUGGUAAUCUUUUGGACGAGAAACAACGACUUAGCAAAUCACGAGCUGAACAGCUUUCAGCUUAUGAAAAAUUACGCGAUCAAGUUCUUGAUUGGUUAAAUCGCACAGAAGUUAAGGUGACAAGACUUCAACCUGUUGCUGUAGAUCUUGAAAAGUUGAAAAUUCAAGCUGAAGAGUUAAAACCUAUCCAAAAAGAGUACCGGGAUUAUGGUAAUACCGUGGAUAAAGUUAAUGAUCUUGGUAUUGUAUAUGACAGCCUUCUGAAAGAACGUGGUGAGAGCCCACCUAGACGUCGCGGUAGCACAAGUCCUACUAAACGGAAUACCAUUACAAGUCCACUCCGCCGAAUGUCACAAGACGGUCGCUCACCUUCCCCCUCUAAGUUGUACGCAGUACAAAGUCCGGUCUCUCCAGGUGGUAGCAGUGGAUUCAGCAGCCGACGAUCAAGUCAGGAUGGUUUCCACCUUGAGGAGCUUUCCCCAGUUCAGCAACAAUUAUCAGAGAUCAAUAAUCGGUAUGGUCUUCUUGGUGUCAGAUUAGCCGAUCGUCAAACUGAGCUGGACAGUGUGAAAGAAGAAGUACGAAAACUCUUGGACAAUUUGAAGACAUUACUUCAGUUCUUAGACAAGAUUGAACGUCAAUUACCAAAAGAAUCCAUUCCAUCGUCCAAAGAAGAAGCAGACAAGACUGCCAAGCUUAUUAAAGUUGUUAUAGAGGAAAUGUAUGAAAAACAAUCUCUUCUUGACAGCACAAAGACCCAAGUCCGUGACAUAGUCCGUCGCAAAAAAGAUGCUGACGGUUCUGACCGACUUAACGACGAACUAGAAGAUGUUGCAAGCCGUUGGAAGUCUAUUUCUGAUCGUUGCAAAGACAGAAUUAAAUUCUUAGAAGACAUCAAAGAAUUCCAUGACACUUACGAAAGUCUUAACUCCUGGCUUGGAGCUAAAGAAAGAAUGUUGGGAGCUCUAGGUCCAAUUUCAUCUGAUCCUAGGAUGGUUGCAAGUCAAGUUCAACAAGUACAAGUACUUAGAGAAGAAUUUAGAACUCAAAAACCUCAGCUCGAUCAUCUAGUUGAAGUUGGAGAAAAUAUUCUGAGCCGAUUGACUAAAGAUUCCGUUGAUGGUCAAAGAAUUAGUGAUAAAUUGAAUAGCAUUCUUAGAAGAUGGUCUGACCAAGUAAAUAGACUCGACGAGCGUGCUCAAAGCUUGGGUGAUGCUGUUGAUACCAGCCGAGAAUUUGAUGCUAGUCUUAAUCGUCUUCGUGAUGCUCUUCAAGCUAUUUCCGAUAACUUAGAUGAUCUUCCACUUGAUAAAGAUCCAGAAGAACAACUCCGUAAAAUUGAAAAUCUUGAGCGUCAAUUAGAAGGCCAACGACCUCUUUUAGCUGAUGCAGAAGCAGCCGGAGAACAGUUAUGCGAAGUAUUAAGUGAUCCAGCUUCAAAAUCAGAAAUUCAAGGAAAACUUGCAGCCGUUGGGAAACUUUACACCAAUUUACAAAAGAAAUUAGACCAUAGAAAAGCAGAGAUCGAAGGAAACUUAAGAGAUGGCCGACAGUUUGAAGCUUCAUGCAGUAAAACUCUUGGCUGGCUUGCUGAUGAACUUGGAAAUAUGUCUGAGAAAUUAUUAGUUUCAGCUGACAGAGAAAUAUUACAGCAACAACUUGACCAUCACGAACCAAUCUACCGUAACGUGAUGGGUAAAGAGCAUGAAGUCAUUAUGCUAUUGAAUAAAGGCCGAGACAUACUUGCAAGAUCACAGAAGUCAGAAAACCGAACACUUCAACGUGAUUUAGAUAAAAUGCAGGCUCAAUGGGAUAGAUUGAAGAAAGAUACUCUUGAUAGACAUACAAAAUUACAAACAUGUGCAGAACACUGUAAAAAAUACUAUAGAGCUCAAGAUUCAUUCCUUCCUUGGCUCCGUCAAGCUGAAGACAAGCUUGAAAGCUUAAAACCGACGUCAUUCAAACGUAAAGACAUUGAAAAACAACUCAAAGAAUUGUCUUCAUUCAGAAAUGAAGUUUGGAAGCGUUCGGGAGAAUUUGAAAAUAACAAAACUCUUGGAGAAACAUUCCUCAGUGCUUGUGAUAUUGAUAAAGAUGUGGUUAAGAAUGAAUUAAGCGCAAUGAAGACCAGAUGGGAUAAAUUAAAUAAUGAUUUGUUAACUAGAACUCAAUCUUUGGAAGAUACAGCUCGUCAUCUUACUGAUUUCAAUGAAAGUCUUCGAGAUUUACAACAUGGUUUGCAGAGGUGUGAAGAUAAACUUGCUUCACAUGAUGCUUUGGGAGGAGCUUCUAAGGAUUCGAAGCUUCUCGACAGAAUCAAGAAUCUACGAGAAGAAACUUCAGCUUUGAAGAAACCAUUGCAAUCUGUAAGACAACAAGCCAAUGAUUUAGUCAACAACGCCAGAGAACAAGGUGUAGAUGCUACUCAUCUUUUGGAUGAAGUUGACAACAUUGCUGAUCGCAUCAACGAUUUAUUAGGCAAACUUGAUGAUCGUUGUAAUGAUCUUCAGAGCGCAGCAACAGCUGUUGCACAGUUCAAUGAUCACGUGAAAGCAUUGACGUAUGACUUGUCAAAUUUGGAAAAUGAACUUGAGUCUAUGAAAGCACCCGGCCGUGACAUCAGAACAGUACGUAUCCAAAUUGAAGAAGUAACAAAAUUACUAAGCAAGAUCACCAAAGCAUCAGAAGAAGUAUUUAAUCUAGUGAACGCUGGAGAAAAUCUAGUUGAUAGUGGAUUCGCUGUUGAUUCUGUUGCCACUCGUGAUCAAAUCGAGACUUUGAAACGUCAAGUAACGAAACUUGACGAACGUGCUCGUAAUAGAGCUGAAGAACUAACAGCUGUGUUGGAUAAAUUACAAGAGUUCUAUCAUAUGCAUGGCGAUGUUAUGGACGAUAUAAAUGACGCCAGUGAACAAGUGCGAAGAUUCAAACCUAUCGGAUCAGAAGUUGAUUCUAUUAAAGCUCAACAAGAAGAUUUCCGUGCUUUGAAAGUUCAGAAGAUUGAGCCUAUCGCUCGUGCAGUUGAUGAAUGUAAUAUUGUCGGUCAAGGAUUGAUUCAAAGUGCUGGUCGUGAUGUCAACACCAGUGGAAUUGAAAAAGAUCUCGAUAAAAUGAAUGAAAAAUGGAAUGAUCUUAAAGACAGGCUUAACGAGCGUGAUCGUAAAUUAGAUGUUGGUUUACUCCAAUCUGGUAAAUUCCAAGAGGCUUUAGAUGGAUUAGAAAAAUGGCUUGCAGACACUGAAGAGAUGGUAGCUAAUCAAAAACCACCAUCAUCUGAUUACAAAGUAGUUAAGGCUCAACUUCAAGAGCAAAAAUUCUUGAAGAAGAUGUUAAUGGAUCGUCAAAAUUCCAUGUCAUCUCUCUUCAAUAUGGGUCAAGAAGUUGCUGCAGCUGUUGAUCCUAAAGAACGUAAGGCUAUUGAAAAGAGAAUGAAAGAUCUGAUGGGUAGAUUCGAUGCUCUAACAGAAGGAGCUGCAGAGAGAAUGGAUGCUUUAGAACAAGCAAUGGCUGUAGCUAAAGAAUUCCAAGAGAAAUUAACUCCUUUGGCUAUCUGGUUAGAUAAAACUGAGAAAAAAGUUAAGGAUAUGGAACUUGUGCCAACAGAUGAAGAAAAAAUUCAACAAAGAGUAUCAGAACAUGACGUUCUUCAUGACGAUAUCCUGUCUAAGAAACCUUACUUCAGUGAAUUGACCGAAGUUGCAAGUCAGCUUAUGAGCCUUGUCGGAGAAGAUGAAGCAGCUGCUUUAGCAGACAAACUUCAAGAUGCUGCAGAUAGAUAUGCUAAUUUAGUAGAAAGAUCUGAAGCUUUAGGAAAUCUUUUACAAAGAUCAAGACAAGGACUUCGUCAUUUGGUCCUCUCUUACCAAGAUCUUCAAGCAUGGAUGGAAAGCAUGGAGAAAAGACUAUCACGAUACCGAGUCUUGGCAGUUCAUACGGAAAAAUUACUUCAACAAAUGGAAGAUCUCGCUGAUUUAACUGAAGAAGUAUCAUCUAGACAAACUGAAGUUGAUAGCACAACUGAUUCCGGUUUAGAAUUGAUGAAACAUAUCUCUAGUGACGAAGCCUUACAGCUUAAAGAUAAACUAGACUCCCUUCAACGUCGUUUUAAUGAUUUGGUCUCACGUGGAUCUGAUCUUUUAAAACAUGCUCAAGAAGCACUACCAUUAGUGCAACAAUUCCAUGACAAUCACAAUCGUCUAAUGGAUUGGAUGCAGGGAGCGGAAGCCGCUUUACAAUCAGCAGAGCCUCGUGAAGAAGAAAUCAUUCGAUUAGAAAUGGAGAUAUCAGAAUACCGACCUAUUUUAGAAAAGAUCAAUACAGUUGGACCACAACUUUGCCAAAUUUCUCCCGGAGAAGGUGCAGCUACCAUUGAAGGUUUGGUGACAAGAGAUAACAGACGAUUUGAUGCAAUUGCUGAGCAAAUUCAACGUAAGGCAGAGAGAAUUCAACUCAGCAAACAACGAUCACUUGAAGUAAUUGGAGACAUUGAUGAGUUACUCGAUUGGUUUAGAGAGGUUGAUAAUCAACUCAGAGAAGCAGACCCACCCAGCAGUGAACCAGAAAUCAUCAGAGUUCAAUUGAAAGAACAUAAAGCACUUAAUGAUGACAUCUCCAGUCAAAAAGGCCGUGUACGAGAUGUUAUUUCAACAGCUAAAAAAGUUAUUCGUGAAAAUACUCAUCAUGAAGACACUGCAACUAUCAGAGAUAAGAUGGAAGAUCUUAGAGAAAUCAUGGAGAUCGUUUCUGGAUUGUCGACUGAUAGAUUAGGUGCUUUAGAACAAGCUCUACCACUUGCCGAACAUCUUCGUGACACUCACGCAGGUUUAGUUAGUUGGUUAGAAGAAGCAGAACAUCACGUAUCAAUGCUUCCGAUGCCAGCAUUGAGACCAGAUCUAAUAGCCGCUCAACAAGAUAAAAAUGAAUUAUUGAUGCAAAGUAUCAACGAACACAAACCCUUGAUCGAAAAAUUAAACAAAACUGGAGAGGCUUUGAUUAGACUCUGCAAUGAAGAAGAAGGUAUCAAAGUUCAAGAUAUUUUGGAUCAGGAUAAUGCACGUUAUGCUGCAUUACGAGCUGAAUUACGAGCUCGUCAACAAACUCUUGAACAAGCCCUUCAAGAAUCCUCGCAGUUCUCUGACAAAUUAGAAGGAAUGCUGCGUGCUUUAACUUCAACAGCUGACCAAGUACACAGUGCCGAACCUAUUAGUGCUCAUCCUCCUCGUCUACGUGACCAAAUGGAAGAUAAUGCAGCUUUGGCUGAUGAUAUUGCUCAAAGAAGUGAGGCCUACGCUGCAGUAAAGAAAGCUGCUGAUGAUGUUAUCAAUAAGGCUGGCAAUAAACAAGAUCCUGCAGUCAAAGACAUUAAACGAAAAUUAGAAAAACUGAAUAAACUCUGGGGAGAAGUUCAAAAAGCAACAAACGAUCGUGGUAGGACUCUAGAUGAGACCUUAGCAGUGGCUGAAAAAUUCUGGUCUGAGCUCAAUGGAGUUAUGUCAACUCUUCGAGAGCUUCAAGAUGCUCUUUCUGGCCAAGCUCCACCUGCAGCUCAACCUGCUGCUAUUCAACAGCAACAAGUGGCCCUCCAAGAAAUCAGACAUGAGAUUGAUCAAACUAAACCUGAUGUUGAACAAGUUCGAGCUUCUGGACAUGAACUCAUGGGUCUCUGUGGAGAACCAGACAAACCAGAAGUGCGUAAGCACAUGGAAGAUUUAGAUCAGGCUUGGGACAAUGUCACCGCUUUGUACGCAAGACGUGAAGAGAAUUUAAUUGACGCUAUGGAGAAAGCUAUGGAGUUCCAUGAGACUUUACAAAACUUGUUAGAAUUCCUCCAAGAAGCUGAAGAUAAAUUUGCUGAGAUGGGUCCAUUGGGAAGUGACAUUGACUCUGUUAAGAGACAAAUUAAACAACUUUCUGAUUUCAAAGCUGAAGUGGAUCCACAUAUGGUGAAAGUCGAAGCUCUAAAUCGGAGUCUGACAAGGCAAGCUGCAGAAUUAACAGAAAGAACAUCAUCGGAGCAAGCUGCGGCGAUCAAGGAGCCUCUCGGUGCUGUGAACCGUAGAUGGGAUGCCUUAUUAAGAGGAGUAGUUGAACGGCAACGUCUUCUAGAGAAUGCUCUUCUCCGUUUGGGUCAAUUCCAACAUGCCCUUGAUGAACUUUUAGUUUGGAUUGAUAAAACUGACCGAACUUUGGACGACUUGAAACCUGUUGCUGGAGAUCCUCAAGUGAUAGAAGUAGAGUUGGCCAAGUUAAAGGUCUUAAUAAAUGACAUCCAAGCACAUCAAACUAGUGUAGAUACGCUAAAUGACGCUGGAAGACAAUUGAUAGAAGACGGAAAAGGAACAACAGAAGCUUCAACAACAGCAGAGAAACUUGGAACUCUCAAUCGUCGUUGGCGAGAUCUUCUUCAACGUGCUGCUGAUCGGCAGAGAGAGCUUGAAGAUGCACUUAGGGAAGCCCAAUCAUUUACUGCAGAAAUUCAAGAUCUAUUAUCGUGGCUUGGAGAUGUUGAUAAUAUGAUUGUGGCAUCUAGACCAGUUGGAGGCUUGCCAGAAACAGCUUCAGAACAGCUAGAACGGUUUAUGGAAGUUUACAACGAACUUGAAAUGAAUCGACCUAAAGUAGAAACUGUUCUACAACAAGGACAAGAAUAUUUGAAGAGAGCUGGAGCUUCUAGUGCUGGAACUUUGAAUCACAAUUUAAGAAAUUUGAAACAACGAUGGGACAGUGUCAUUGCCAGAGCUAGUGACAAAAAGAUUAAACUUGAAAUCGCUCUAAGAGAAGCUACAGAGUUCCAUGAUGCCUUGCAAGCCUUUGUUGACUGGCUAACGAAUGCAGAAAAAAUAUUAACUAACUUGAAACCUGUUUCUCGAGUAAUGGAGACAAUUCUUACUCAAAUAGAAGAUCAUAAAGCUUUCCAGAAGGAUGUAGGAGUUCAUCGAGAGACAAUGCUUAAUUUAGACAAAAAAGGAACUCAAUUAAAAUAUUUCUCACAAAAACAAGAUGUUAUUUUGAUCAAAAAUCUAUUAGUCAGUGUUCAACACAGAUGGGAACGUGUUGUUUCGAAAUCUGCUGAAAGAACAAGAGCAUUGGAUCAUGGAUACAAAGAGGCUAGAGAAUUCCACGAUGCCUGGUCUCAUUUGAUGAACUGGUUAGAUGAAACUGAGAAGACUCUUGAUGAGAUGGCAUCUGAAGGAGUAGGUGGUAAUGAUCCAGAAAAGAUUAAAACACGUUUGACCAAACAUAGAGAAAUUCAAAAAGCUUUAAGUGCUAAACAAGGCACUUACGAUACCACGAUGAAAAAUGGAAAGAAUCUUAAAGACAAAGCACCUAAGACUGAUGAACCUGCUCUGAAAGAACUUCUCAAUGAACUCAAAGGCAAAUGGACUACAGUUUGCAGUAAGAGUGUCGACAGACAAAGGAAAUUGGAAGAAGCUCUGCUCUUCUCUGGACAAUUCAAAGAAGCUAUUCAAGCUCUUCUUGAUUGGCUCCAGAAAACAGAAAAACAAUUAUCCAAUACUGGACCUCUUCAUGGUGAUUUAGACACUGUUACGAAUCUUGUAGAACAACAUCGAUCAUUCGAAAGAGAUUUAGAAUCACGAGCAACUCAAAUGGAAUCGGUUAUUAGAACUGGAAGAGAAUUAGAGUCAAAGGCUACUGUUGAAGAUGCUCAUACCAUCCGAUCUCAACUAUCUGAAGUAAAUACUCUUUGGAAUACUGUUAAUCGCUUGUCAGAUAAUAAAUCCAAACGUCUUGAUGAAGCUCUCAGAGAUGCUGAGAAACUUCACAAAGCCGUUCAUGUACUUCUGGAAUGGUUAAGUGAUGCUGAAAUGAAACUCAGAUUCGCUGGACAACUACCGGAAGAUGAACAAGAAAGCAGAAAUCAGCUGAUGGAACAUGAGAAAUUCCUUAGAGAAUUACAUCAGAAAGAAAUUGAAAAAGAUAAUACCUUGGAGCUUGCUCAUAUGAUUCUUGGCAAAGCUCAUCCGGAUGGUGCUACUGUUAUCAAGCACUGGAUUACUAUCAUUCAAUCCAGAUGGGAAGAAGUUGCUACUUGGGCUCAGCAAAGAAAUCAACGUCUUGAAAAUCAUAUGCAAGGAUUACAGGAUCUUGAUAACCUUCUCGAAGAAUUACUCGCUUGGUUGGAGGGUCUUACAAAUACAUUAAUAACACUAGAAGCUGAACCACUUCCAGAUGAUCGCCCAACGUUAGAAAUGCUUAUCGCAGACCAUCGCGAAUUUAUGGAAAACACUAGCCGAAGACAAGUUGAAGUUGACAGCGUAUGUAAAGCCAGGCAAAUAAAACCUAUCAAGGAUGCUCGGAAGAUGUCCAAAAGCAGAUUACCAGGCUCUGUUAAGGAUCUUUAUCAAGAAAGUGAUCAUGACGAGCAGCCACUUCGUAAACAAAGUUUCAAAGGCAGUCGCGAUCUGUUGCAAUCACGUCGUGGAAGCCGAGCCAGUCCAGGCCGUGAUCGAACGCCAGAUCCUUCACUGCCACACAUUGGUCCUCGCUUUCCACCUAAAGGAAGCAAGGGAGCUGAACCUGAAUUCCGCAAUCCACGUGUUAAACUUCUUUGGGAUCGUUGGCGUAAUGUGUGGAUGAUGGCUUGGGAACGUCAAAGACGUCUUCAAGAUAAACUUAAUUAUAUCGAUGAACUGGAUCGUGUCAGGAACUUCAGCUGGGAAGAUUGGCGCAAAAGAUUCCUUAAGUUUAUGAACCAUAAGAAAUCAAGAUUGACGGAUCUCUUUAGAAAGAUGGAUAAAAACAACGAUGGUCUUAUUCCAAGAGAAGAUUUUAUCCAAGGGAUUAUGAAUACAAAGUUCGAUACCUCACGUUUGGAGAUGAAUGCUGUAGCAGAUUUGUUUGAUCGCCAUGGUGAAGGUUUGAUUGAUUGGAAAGAAUUUAUCGCAGCUCUUCGACCAGAUUGGGAAGAAAGAAAAACUUAUAAUGAUACUGAUAAAAUUCAUGAUGAAGUCAAACGUCUUGUUAUGCUUUGUACAUGUAGACAGAAAUUCCGAGUCUUCCAAGUUGGUGAAGGAAAAUAUAGGUUUGGAGACAGUCAAAAAUUGCGCUUAGUGCGUAUCUUAAGAUCCACUGUCAUGGUACGAGUUGGUGGUGGAUGGGUAGCCUUGGACGAGUUCCUUUUGAAGAAUGAUCCAUGUCGCGCCAAGGGACGAACAAAUAUUGAGCUGAGAGAGCAAUUUAUCUUGGCGGAUGGUGUCAGCCAGACUAUGACAGCCUUCAGAUCCAAACCAAGUCCAACUUCAACCCUUCAACGCACACAAAUGUCAUCUGCUGGUCCAAUCACCAAGGUAAGAGAGCGCAGUGUCCGAAGCGUACCUAUGGGUCAACAACGUGCUUCUAGAUCAUCUCUGAGUGCUGGAACACCAGAUAGUUUGAGUGAUAAUGAAAGUUCAUUCAAACUUUCGGGACGAAAAACUAGUACUCCUUAUAGGAGUGGAGUAACGCCAGGUGGCAGUCGGCCAUCUAGCCGUCCAGCAUCGAGACCAGCGUCACGACCUGCAAGUAGACCAAGUAGCAGACCAGCAUCCAGACAGGGAAGCAAACCACCUAGUCGUUAUGGAUCAACACAGUCAUUAGAUAGUACAGAUGAUUCCGGAACUCCAAGUCGCAUUCCACGCAGAACAAUGGGAACCACUGGCAAUACACCAUCAUCUAGUCGUCACAAUAGCAUGUCUGGCAGGAAAAUUGCCACUCCAGUAAAUGGAUCAGCUACUUCUCGACCACGUACGCCAACAGGUCUCGUCAGUCCUGCAAGUGGAGUUCCAUCAAGUCGGUCGCGGAUUCCUGUUUACGUGGGACCAGAUAUAAAAUCUCCUCAAUCUACAACGAGUAACUUUUCAACUCAUUCCACGCAAAGCAACCAUUCUACAAUUUCAACUGACUCUACUGGGGGCAGUUCAGCUUGUACCAGUUCAGCUACUAACACUUCAUCAGCUAUAAAAGCUAGGACACGAACACCUUCUAGUGGAUCAGCAACACCUCUACCACCAGCAUCGAGGUUGUCACGAAAACCAUCAGGUGCUUCAGACACAUCAGUAUCUAAUACUCCACUAGCAUCACGCAAAGGAUCAAAAGCUACACCUAUCGAUCAACGAGCUCCAUUUAGAUUAUAAUUGAACAAUAUAAAGAAUACGACGAAUUUAUAAUUAAUAAUUUUCUCAAAGAAAAUUUUCCACUGACAUACAAAUAAUCUCGCGUAUAAAUUAAUAUAUCUUUGAACGAGCUUUCGUACUAUUUUUAACUGAAAUUUCAUAUUGCUACUAAUUUCAAUACUGCUAUUGUCUACAAAAACCAGUUAUUACUCAAAAAUAAAUAAAAAAUAAAACAAAUAUACAGGAAUAGAGCAAAGUAUAUGAAGAGAAGUUGAAAAAAAUUACAAAUUUGUUUUGAGUUUAUCUUAAUGACUUGUUAUGAUUAUUAAGUCUUUAUUUGACAAAAAACUAUGGAGUUAAAAGCGUUAUUAAAUAACAUGAGAUAUAUAAAAUAAUGUAAAAUAGAUUUAUUAAUCAGAACGAAAAAUAUCAUUUAUUAAAGGACCAAAUGCCCUUUAAAAAACAACAACAAUAGAAAAAUGCUGAAUUUUCUUUGAAUACCAAGUAUUGCAAGAAAGUAUAAGUAGUUAUUCUUACAGAAUAAAAAAUCUCACAUAUUUGGAUGCCAUUAAAACAAUAAUUUAAGGUUUUAGAGUGAUUUAUUACAUCACUUAUUUGAAUACUGGUGAAAAGAUUACCGAAUGAUGUUGAGUAUAAUUGCGAUUUGCAGACGUUGCUUAAACGUUUCACUAAACAUAAUUAAUUAUAGGUAGAAAGAAAAAAGGCAGAAAGCUACUCCUUUUGAGUAUCAAUCCGGUUCGGGGUAAAUAAAACAUCAUUAAAGGAUACUAGUGCUCAAAUGAAGUAGAUAUCUGUCUGCUUGUUGUUAAAAAUUUUAAUAUAUCAUUAACUAAUUGGUAUACUUACGAUCUGAAAAUAAUAAAAUAAAUAAAUAAACUAAUAAAUAAUUAUCGCAAUCUAGCCUGCCUAGAUGUAAUCGUUUUUAUAAUAAACUGUAUUAAUUGAUUGAUUGCCCCCUAAAUUUAGGGAUUCAUAGAUAUAUGAGUGUUUGUAGAAGUUUCAUCCACAAUUGUAUUUUGAUUUGAAUCAUUUUGUUACAAAACCAGAUCAAAUGCGUUUAAUGCAUUCUUAAAUUUUUUUUCUAGUAUUUUGACAGAUGCAAAUGCUCAAUUGUAAAACAGAAAAUUCGUUUGUUAACGAUUAUUAAAAAGCUGAUUAUGGAGAAGAGAAUAUAUAUUAUGUAAAUAUUGGUUAAUUCUCUUAUUCUGCAUUAUUAUA